GGUACCUACACAUUAUAUAUGUCAUUGGAAAGAGCAUUCAAUUCUGGAUAAAAUAAACCCUAGAUGACCUAGGUCAGAUAUUGCUACAUAGUGUCACAUGCAUUUGAAAUGUACUAGUGUAGUGCUCUAUUUCAUUGAUUUUUGAGAAGUGGCUGACUGUAAAGUGUAGUGCCUUAUUUUAUUUAUUUAGACUAAAGCUAGUUCACAGUUGAAAUAAAGAUGACAAAACAACUUUUUGAUGAUGAUAAUCAGCAAUAUAGAGACAGAAUAAGGUGUAUUGCAUAUAGAGAAGCCAGAGAUGAGGGUGCUAGUUUCAUUACGAAAAAAUGGAUAGCAAAUAAACUCCAUCGAUCUGAAAAAUUUGUUCAAAAAUACUGGAAUAAAACAUAUUCUGAAAUCACGCCACAGGAAAGACCAGGACCUAAGCCAAACAGUUUGACUCCCAAGACAACACAAAUAAUACUAAAAGGAACUGCUAAGAAGAGAAAAAGUUGUAGAGAACUUUCAAAAGAGAUCAAAAGGUUGAGAGGAAAAGAUGUUUCUCAUCAAAUGGUUCAUCUAUUCAGAGUAAGAGAGGGGCUCAAACCAUUUCACAUUAUUUCGAAACCUUUGAAAACAACAGAACAGAUUGAGGACAGACUGUGGUUUGUGAACUUUCUCCGUCAAUGGGACGAGGACGAUUUUCUCCACUUGGCUCCCUCAGACGAAUUUUACAUCUAUACAGUACGAAAGCCUAAUCAUCAAAAUGAUAGGAUUUGGGCGUACAAACGAGAGGAUGUAUCUGAACUCCUAAUCCGUGAGAAGAUGGCGCGACCAAUUUGCGUAGGGAUUUUUCUGCUUUUCACUGUGAAAAAAAUGCUGUGGGUAAUAAAGGAUGAUGGUGUCUCAUGGACGGGAGAAUAUUUCAGGGAGGACAUACAUCCCUUUUAGCUUCAUAUCCGGCUAGAUUGGCAGCGGUUAAGGCUGCUCAAGGGGGUCAUACUCACUUUUAAAAGUAAGUGAAAAAUAUAUCUUAUUUUCCAUCAUGAAUUGUCAUCUUUCCACAUGUUAACAACAAUUAAAUGCUCUUUCCAAUGGUAUAUGGUAUGUGUGUGUAUCUUUCCUAGUUUAUGCCGUGGAGGGGGGGCACAACGCCAUUUGACACCCUGUACA